AUGAAAUAUAAAAACUUAUUUUUUCUUUUCAUUCUCUGCUCGCCUUAUAUUAGUUGUUCAGAUUUAAAUCUCAUGAAUCUCGUAACAUCAUUCGUACUCUUCGAAGACAAACCAACGUCUUUGUUAAUUCCAACAUUAUGUUGGACACCAUUUGAAACGAUGUUGCUGACCAAGAAACUGUUCAAUGAAAACAUAUUCUUAGCACCUUCUCUUCAAGCUAAUAGAAGCGAAUAUUUUUUGCAUCAAAUACUGAUACUGGCUGAUUUAUCGUGUCCGGCUGUAGAAGCAUUUUUAAUUCAGACUAGCGAUCAAGGAUACUUCAAGUCGCCAUACAGAUGGCUAUUAUUAGAUCCUAACAUAGGAUCUUACAAAUUUGAUUUACUUAAUAAACUCGACAUGCCUCUCAACAGCGACGUGGUGAUUGCGAAGAAAGUCAAUAAUGAUGAGUACCACCUUAUUGAAGCCUACAAAAUUUCUGAAAAUUCAGACGUUAUUUACACAACAAGAGGCGUUUGGCGACCUUCCAGCGAUGAAAACAAUUCAAUCCCGGUCACGGAAUAUUUUCGUUUUCAGAUAACAAAAUACGGAACAAUUGAAGACUAUAGAGAGACGAGAGUGAUAUCGAUUAGAAGGCAAAACCUACGAAGACACGUUCUGACUAUGGCUAAUGUGAUAACUGAUAGCAACGAGACGAGGAAGCAUUUGGAUGAUAGGCUAAAUUUACAUCAAGACUCAAUAACAAAGAUGUCGUAUAUGGUUGUCAAAAUAUGUUUUGAAAUGUUAAACGCUACGGAAAAACGUAUAUUCACUCACACUUGGGGUUACAAGGACAAGAAUGGUAAUUGGCAAGGGAUAAUUGAUCAUCUUCUGAAGAAGGAAGCUGAUCUAGGCACGCUAACAAUAUUCACGCAAGAGCGCAUGAAGGUCAUAGACUACAUAGCCAUGGUAGGAUCAACUGCAGUCAGGUUCGUGUUCAGAGAACCGCCUUUGGCUUUGCUGGAGAAUAUCUUUGCUCUACCCUUCACUACUGCGGUAUGGAUUGCUAUAGCCAUCUGUGUUUUGGGUUGCGCCGUGUUUUUAUACAUUACUUCAAAAUGGGAAGCUACUGUGGGAAUGCAUCCCUUACAGUUAGAUGGAUCAUGGGCAGACGUGUUGAUUUUAAUCAUCGGUGCUGUUCUCCAGCAGGGUUGUACUCUUGAACCAAGAUAUGCGGCAGGGCGAUGUGUAACUCUACUAUUAUUCAUCGCAUUAACAAUCCUGUACGCAGCGUAUUCUGCAAAUAUCGUGGUCCUACUCCGAGCUCCUAGUUCCUCAGUGAGAUCUCUACCUGACCUCCUCAACUCGCCUCUUAAACUUGGCGCAAGCGAUUUUGAAUACAAUCGUUAUUUUUUUAAGAAACUAAAUGAGCCUAUAAGGAAAGCUAUUUAUAACAAAAAGAUUGCACCAAAAGGGAAGAAACCUAACUUUUAUACCAUGAAAGAAGGAGUUGAGAAAAUAAGACGGGGCCUAUUCGCAUUUCACAUGGAGCUAAAUCCGGGAUACAGGCUAAUCCAGGAAACAUACCAAGAGGAUGAGAAAUGUGAUCUUGUAGAAAUUGAUUACAUCAACGAAAUAGACCCGUGGCUGCCUGGACAAAAGCGAUCACCGUAUAAAGAUUUAUUUAAAAUCAAUUUUAUGAAGAUCCGCGAAACUGGAAUUCAAUCAAACAUCCAUCGUCGCUUGCACGUUGGUAAGCCUCGCUGUUCUGGCAGCAUCAGCACCUUCAGCAGCGUUGGCAUCACUGACAUGUACCCUGCUCUCAUCGCUACUCUGUACGGCAUGUUGAUAUCUCUUGUCGUGCUGAUACUUGAGAUAACUUAUAAAAGGCUGUAA